AUGGAAUACUCAAAGAUCUGCCUAAUGCUCUGCAUCUGUGUGGUGCUCGGCGGUGCGGAGCCGGAGCAGCUCGAGCUGGAGGAGUCAAAGGCGCUGCCCGCAGAGCUGUUGGCUGCCGGAGACAAUGCGCAGGCGGAUGUGGAUGCGAGUACUGAUGCGGCUGCUCCUGCGGAGCAGGGCGCGCGCAAGGUGCGUCAGUACUUUGGUGGCCCGCCGCCGCCCUUCUUUGGUCCACCGCCGCCGCCCUACUUUGGUGGCUUUGGCGGCGGCUACGGCGGCUACGGUGGCUACGGCUUUGGCGGCGGCUAUCAGCGCACGCGGAUUGUCACGCGCACCCGUGUCCGUGGCGGCUACGGUGGUUUUGGUGGCGGUUUUGGUGGCUUCGGCGGCGGCUACUAUGGUUAA